UGCCCCCGCCCCGCCGCCCGCGACCUGCCGCCCCUCGCUUGGCCUGACGAGUCGGCACGGCUGUCCCGAGCGCCAUGUCGGGUUCUUCCAGCGUCGCCGCCAUGAAGAAGGUGGUUCAGCAGCUCCGGCUGGAGGCCGGGCUCAACCGCGUGAAGGUUUCCCAGGCAGCUGCAGACUUGAAACAGUUUUGUCUGCAGAAUGCUCAACAUGACCCUCUGCUGACUGGAGUGUCUUCAAGUACAAAUCCCUUCAGACCCCAGAAAGUCUGCUCCUUUUUGUAGUCAUGUAUCUUGAGAUUUCUCAAACCACUUUUCAUGAACCAGUGGACAUUCAAGAGAACUAAAUUUGAAGUCUGUACAAAAGCUUCUCUAUAACGCGUGCCAUAAUAUACAAUCUUCUACUUGUCAGAUCUUAA